CGCCAACUUUGAGUCUGAGGGUUCACGGACGGGGGUUGUUGCUGUGAAUUCGGCGGAAAGUACUGGUUAGAAGUUAUCGGUUGCGAACUAUGUUCGUGUCGGAUAUACGGAAAGAAUUCUAUGAUGUGCUGUUAAACCAGAGGGUAUUAUUACUUGUUGCCUUGGAUGUUGAUGCACUUUGUGCCUGCAAAAUCCUUCAGUCCCUGUUCCAGUGUGACCACAUACAGUAUACAUUGGUUCCUGUGGCAGGAUGGCACGAUCUGGAGACUGCAUUCCUUGAGCACAAAGAACAGUUUAAGUAUCAUGUUCUAAUCAAUUGUGGUGCUAACCUGGACCUACUGGAGGCGUUGCAACCUGAUGAGGACACUGUUUUCUAUAUCUGUGAUACCCACAGACCUAUUGAUGUCAUCAAUGUUUAUAAUGAUACACAGAUUAAACUACUGAUUAAACAGGAUGACGAUCUUGGUGUUCCUGCAUAUGAUGAUCUCUUCAGGGAUGAAGAAGAUGAGGAUUCAGAGAAUUCUGGAAAUGAGAGUGAAGGGUCAGAACCCACAGGAAAGCGCAGGCGCUUGGAUGAGGUAACCAUGGAGAGGAGAAUAGACCAACGACGUCAGCGACGGGAAUGGGAGGACCGCAGGCGAGAGAUUUUAUUUGAAUAUGAGCAAUAUGAAUACCAUGGGACUUCAUCUGCCAUGGUAAUAUUUGAGCUGGCCUGGAUCAUGUCGAAGGACUCAAAUGAUAUGUUGUGGUGGGCUGUUGUUGGUUUGACUGACCAAUGGGUUCAUGACAAAAUCACACAUAUGAAGUAUGUGUCAGAUGUUGGCAUUGUGCAACGACACGUCUCGAGGCACAACCAUCGUAAUGAAGAUGAGGAGAACACUCUUUCUAUUGAUUGCAUGAGAAUCUCUUUUGACUUUGAUCUACGCCUUGCUCUAUACCACCGGUCAUUGUAUGAGAGCAUGUGUAACUCCAGCUAUACCUAUGCCAAUCUCAAGCUGUGGUCCAUACAGGGUUUGAAGAGACUUCAGGAAUUCCUAGCAGAAAUGGGACUCCCGCUGAACCAAGUCAGGCAGAAGUUUAACUCCAUGGACAUCUCACUGAAGGAUAUACGAGAAAUGAUUGAGGAGUCUGCUAAUAAAUUUGGAAUGAAGGACAUCCGAGUACAGACGUUCAGUGUGCACUUUGGGUUUAAAAACAAGUUUCUCGCCAGUGACGUUGUUUAUUCAGUGGCUUCUCUGCUUGAGAACAUUGAGAUAGAUGAUGGAAACAAAAACUUUAUUGAAGCUUUGGACAGUCUUUCCAGAAGUAAUCUAGAUAAACUACAUCGCGGUCUGGAACUGGCCAAGCAACAGCUCCGAGCAAUUCACCAAACAGUUGCCAGCUGUAUUUGUACCAAUCUUAUCAUCUCACAUGGGCCCUUUCUUUAUUGUUAUUUGCAAGAGGGAACUCCAGAUGUCAAGAUCUAUUCAAAACCCAUUUGUAUGAAACUUUUGUGCAAGCAUCUGCUCAAGUGCUUUGUCCGCUCGACCAAGAACAAACGGUGCAAGGUGCUCCCACUGGUCAUGGCAGCACCAAUGGACCUGGAGAAGGGAACGGUGAUAGUGAUUGGAAUCCCACCAGAAACUGAAAGCUCGGAUAAAAAGAAUUUCUUUGGCAAAGCAUUUGAAAAGGCAGCAGAAAGUACCAGCUCAAGGACUCUGCAUGAUAAUUUUGAUAGCUCUAUAAUAGAACUGAAAACUGAGGAUCGCAGCAAAUUGGAUGCACUUAUCUCUUUACUGUCAUAA